GCUCCAUGGGAAGGGUGCGUUUUCGUCGCCAGGAAACCAACCCGCGCCCGUGUUUCGAUCGGCAGAUGUGAUCCAAGAAGGAUACAUGUUAAAGCAGGGGUCUCGGUUCCGCAUGCUGACUAAGCGGUACUUCAUCUUGCGCCUUGAAGAAAAGCACAUGACGUUGGGGUACUACACGUCGAAGGAAGACUUGGUGUUGUGCUCGGAGACCCCCAUCGGGCCGGGCCACGCUCUGUACGAUAUUUCGGUGGAGGGGCAUCGCCGACUCGAGCUACGCCACGGAACGUCGAGCUUGAUAGUUGAGAUCGAAUCCGAACAGGACUUUGUCAAGUGGAAGAACGCGUUGCAGGAAGCUGUGCGGUGGCAUCACGCGAUGGUGUUUGACGGGGCCAACAAGGUUACGUCGUACGGGAAGAAGUGCUUGGACGACGAGGCUGCGGAAGCACUUGCACGGCAGGAGGCCGCAAAGAAGCAGCGGGAGACCGUGGCCAAGAAGGCCGAAGCAACCGCCACGGCCAACGCAAACAAGCCCAAGUUUCUCCCGUCGAUGCGGCCCGGGUUUCAAUGCUUCACCGUGUCCAACACAAAGUUCGACAUCCCCGUCGACUAUACGUAUGUGAAAACAAUUGGGUCGGGGGCGUACGGCGUGGUCAUCGCGGCCGAGAAGAGUGGCAAGCAGGUCGCUAUCAAGAACAUCCAACGCGCCUUUGACGACUUAACCGACGCCAAGCGCAUUGUCCGGGAGAUUAAGCUCAUGCGGCACUUUCGCCAUAAAUGCUUGCUAGGAAUUGAGGACAUUAUCGAGCCCGUCGAGAUAGCAACAUUUGAAGACGUGUACAUUGUGUCCGAGUGCAUGGCGACUGACCUGCAUCGCGUCAUCUAUUCGAGGCACCCGCUGAGCGAAGAGCACGUGUGCUUCUUUCUGUACCAAAUGCUCAUGGUGCGCGGAAUCGUCGUGCGUCGUCCCGACACGAUAAAAUGCGUAGGCACUCAAGUACAUCCACAGCGCAAACGUGAUUCAUCGCGACCUCAAGCCGUCCAACAUCCUAGUCAAUGCCAACUGCGAGCUGAAAGUGUGCGAUUUUGGAUUGGCCCGCGGCGUCGUCGACAAUUUGGAAUUGACCGAAUACGUUGUGACGAGAUGGUACCGCGCGCCCGAAAUCAUGUUGGGGUGCAUGAAAUAUACCAAGACCGUCGACGUGUGGAGCUUGGGGUGCAUCUUUGCCGAAAUGCUCAGCCGCAAGCCGCUCUUUCCUGGCCAGGACUACAUUGACCAGCUACACUUGAUCAUGAACGCGCUGGGCGUACCGACCGACGACGAGCUCUACUUUGUGACAAAUGCACGGGCCCGCAAGUUUAUGAACACCGAGUACCACACGCGGGGACAAGCCCCGCUUAAACCUCUUGCCGCACUCUUCCCAGACAUCUCGCCAGACGCCAUGAACCUCCUGGAGCGCAUGCUCGUACUCGACCCCCACAAACGCAUCCAAGUCGACGAUGCCCUCGCACAUCCGUACUUUGCCUCGAUCCGCACUGUCGGCGACGAGACCGUGGCAGCGGCCCCGUUCGAUUUUGAAUUCGAGUCGGAGGAACUCACGAAGCGGCGGCUCCAGCAACUCAUUUGGGACGAAAUGCGCCAUUUCCACCCGAUCGUGUCGUAACUAUAUAACACUCCUCGCAUGUGUUCACGAUGGUUGCAGCAGUUCACGGACAGUCGCUGACGUGGGCUUUGACGUCGGCGCGACC